AUGGGGAGGCCACGCUCUCUCCCGCUCCUGCUUCUCCUCCUCUGCCGCCUCUCGUGGCAGCAGCCGUGGCUCCUCCACGCCCUCCCGCUCUGCACCGACUCCAGGGCGCCGGCGCCGCUGAACGGGACGCUGGGGUUCUGCUCCUACAGCGGGAGCAGCUGCUGCGACGCCGCCGCCGACGCCGCGCUCAAGAAGCGGUUCCAGGCCAUGAGCGUCUCCGACGCCGCCUGCGCUGCCGUCGUCAAGUCGGUCCUCUGCGCGAAAUGCAGUCCAUUUUCAGCUGAGUUGUUCAACUCAAGCUCAAAGAUUCGGAUGGUUCCACUUCUGUGCAACUACACCUCUUCCGGAAGUUCUGCUCAGUCAAAAGAUUCCACACAAGAUUACUGCAAACUAGUCUGGGAAACCUGCAAAAAUGUGACGAUAUCGAACUCUCCUUUUCAACCUUCCUUGCAAGGAAGUGGAAGCCUGCCUAGUUCCGCGUCAAAGCUCACCGAUGUCUGGCAGUCAGAAAAUGACUUUUGUACAUCAUUUGGUGGCUCAUCCGAUGACAAGUCGGUAUGCUUCAGCGGAAAUGCAGUUUCAUUCAACACCACCGAGCCGUCACCCUCCCCUAAAGGGGUGUGCCUCGAGAGAAUCGGCAACGGGUCGUACCUGAACAUGGCCCCUCACCCUGAUGGAUCCAACAGAGUUUUCUUGUCCAACCAAGCAGGAAAGAUAUGGUUGGCAGAUGUCCCGGAACAGGGGUCUGGAGGCACUCUGCAGUUCGACGAGGCAACAUCUGCUAAUCCAUCAGAGUUUAGCAGGAUAUUUACAAUGGGGUUGCCGUAUACAGCUCAUCAUGCAGGACAAAUACUUUUUGGACCUACAGAUGGGUAUCUGUACUUUAUGAUGGGGGAUGGUGGAAACAAAGGCGACCCUUUCAAUUUCUCUCAGAACAAGAAAUCACUCUUGGGAAAAAUAAUGAGGCUUGACAUUGACAGUGUACAAAGCCAGAAGCAAAUUGGUAACCAGACCUUGUGGGGCAACUAUGCAAUUCCAAAGGACAAUCCAUUUGCUCAAGACAGUGAGUUACAACCAGAGAUUUGGGCCUUGGGGUUUAGAAACCCAUGGAGAUGCAGUUUUGAUUCUGAGAGGCCUUCCUACUUCUACUGUGCAGAUGUUGGGCAGGAUGCAUACGAAGAGGUAGAUUUGAUCUCCAAGGGUGGAAACUACGGAUGGCGUGCAUACGAAGGCCCAUAUGUCUAUCAUCCAGAGUGGACAGCCGGGGGGAAUACAUCACUUAGUUCCAUAAAUGCCAUCUUCCCUGCCAUGGGCUACAACCAUUCUGCUGUGAACAAGAACGUUGGGUCUGCAUCAAUUACAGGUGGAUAUGUCUACCGUGGGUCUACUGAUCCCUGCUUAUAUGGAAGGUACAUGUACGCUGAUCUGUACGCAUCGGCGAUGUGGACCGGCUCGGAGACCCCACCGAGCAGCGCGAACUACACCUCCACCCUGACGCCGUUCAGCUGCUCCAAGAACUCCCCGAUACCCUGCGAGUCCGCUGGCGGAGGAGGUCCUCUCCCGUCGCUGGGCUACAUAUUCUCCUUCGGCGAGGACAACCGCAAGGACGUCUUCGUCCUGGCCAGCAAAGGCGUCUACCGGGUCGUCCGGCCCAGCCUGUGCGGCUUCACCUGCGCCUCCGAGAAGCCGGCGACCGAUAACGGAACAACGCCAACUACGCCUUCCGGCCCUUCGUCGUCGUCCCUAGCCUCGGUGACGCGGGCAGGGACGUCGAUGGCCGUGGCCCUGGCCUCCGUUGUAUAUGCGCUGUACUUUUGA